AUGCUGCCCCAUCCAAGGACAGCCUGUCGCUGUCGCGCCUUGGCAUCGUCAAGCACAAGCCGGCCUGGCUGGGUGGCUGCUUCGCCGACGCAAAGCCGCCGGGGCCCGCCGAUCCGCCGCUCCCGCUCGACGUUUUCUUCCGUCAACCCCCAGGAGGUCUCGCACUUCAAUGCCCUCGCCUCCGAGUGGUGGGAUCCGCACGGGUCCUCCAGGCUCCUGCACCUGAUGAAUCCCGUCAGGCAAGACUUCAUCCGCGGCUGCCUGCAGUCCCAGCCCGAGACCCGCGCCUCCAACCUGCGCGACGCCUCCCUCACCUACCUCGACGUCGGCUGCGGAGGCGGCAUCUUUGCCGAAAGCGCCGCGCGGCUGCCCACGACAAGGACGGUGACGGCCAUCGACCCGAGCCCCUCCGUCCUGGCCGUGGCGAGAGCCCACGCGAACAAGGACCCGUCGCUGCGCGGCAAGCUCCUGUACAGACAGAGCUCCAUCGAGCAGCUGCCGGUUCCCCAGCGUGACGGCGACCGGUACGACCUCGUCAGCUUGUUCGAGGUGAUUGAGCACGUGGACGAGCCGGGCCCGUUCCUGCAAAGGAUUCAGCCCUUCGUCAAGCCCGGCGGCUGGCUGGUCAUGAGCACCAUUGCCAGGACGUGGACGAGCUGGCUCACGACCAACCUGGUGGCCGAGCAUCUUUUGCGAAUCGUUCCCCCGGGAACCCACGACUGGAACAAGUACAUCAACCAGGAGGAACUGCGGCGGUUCUUCCUGGGCAAGGGCUGGGAUAGCCCCAGAGUCAUGGGCGUCAUGUACAUUCCCGGGCUGGGCUGGCGCGAGGUUCGCGGAGGCGAAAAGGUUGGCAACUACUUUUUUGCCGUGAGACGGAGCAACUAG